AUGGCCGUGGCUUUGGACGCAGUGUGGGUAAGGGUGAAGAACGUCUGCAAACAAAAUGGGCUCCUCAUCAUGUCUGUGCUGGCUGUGGUCAUCGGGUGUCUUUUGGGAUUCUUUCUGAGGACACGGCGCCUCACAGAGCAGGAGGUGAAGUACUUCCAGUUUCCUGGAGAGCUGCUGAUGAGGAUGCUGAAGAUGCUGAUUCUCCCGCUUGUUGUGUCCAGUUUGAUGUCAGGACUGGCAGCCCUCGACGCCAAGUGUUCCAGUCGCCUCGGUCUGAUCACAGUUUCCUAUUACCUAUGGACCACUUUUGUGGCCGUGAUCGUGGGAAUCAUCAUGGUCUCCAUCAUCCACCCAGGCGGAGCAGCCCAGAAAGAGGACUCUGAGGACAGCGGCAAGCCUAUCAUGAGUUCUGCUGAUGCUCUGCUGGACCUUAUCCGAAACAUGUUCCCAUCUAAUCUGGUCCAGGCCACAUUUCAGCAGUAUCGGACAAGUAGUGAGUACAUUUUGAAAGCCAAGCCAACAGUGAGUCAAGCCAAAUCAGAACCUACCACGCGGCGAGCACUCAUCUACGGUAUUCAAGACGAUAAUGGAACUGACAUCCAGAACUUCGCCCUUGACCUGACUCCACCCCCUGAUGUGCUCAUAAGAAUUCGGGAAGGAACAAGUGAUGGAAUGAAUGUGCUUGGAAUUGUUAUAUUUUCAGCCACCAUGGGUAUUAUGUUGGGAAGGAUGGGGCCAAAUGGAAGCGCCUUGGUGAACUUCUGCCAGAGCCUGAAUGAGGCCGUCCUAAGAAUAGUUGCCAUCGUUAUAUGGUACUUCCCGUUUGGCAUUGUGUUCCUGGUGGCCGGUAAGAUUCUGGAGAUGAGCGAUCCGUCAGCUAUGGGGAAAAAGCUGGGUUUCUAUGCCAUAACUGUGGUGUUUGGCCUAGUGUUGCACGGCUUGUUCAUCCUUCCUGCCAUGUACUUCUUCAUCACAAAAAAGAGCCCCAUCGUUUACAUCCGGGGAAUUCUGCAAGCCCUGCUCAUCGCCCUGGCAACCUCUUCCAGCUCUGCAACAUUGCCCAUAACCUUCAAGUGCCUCUUAGAGAACAACCACAUUGACCGCCGCAUCAUCCGUUUUGUGCUCCCUGUGGGUGCCACAAUCAAUAUGGAUGGCACCGCUCUCUAUGAGGCUGUGGCUGCAAUAUUCAUCGCACAAGUUAACAAUUACGAGCUGGACUUUGGCCAGAUCAUCACCAUCAGUAUUACAGCCACUGCAGCCAGUAUUGGUGCAGCAGGGAUACCACAAGCUGGACUGGUAACCAUGGUGAUAGUGCUAACAUCCGUUGGGUUGCCAACUGAUGACAUCACACUCAUCAUUGCAGUGGAUUGGGCAUUAGACAGAUUCCGUACUAUGGUAAAUGUAAUGGGAGAUGCUUUGGCCACAGGCAUCAUGGCACACAUCUGCAGAAAAGACUUCAUAAAAGAGGGAGAUGGGGUGCCUUUGAUCUGUGAGCGCAAACCCGUAAUGAACAUCCCACCUCUGAUGAACUGUCACAACAACGGCAACUACCGGCUCCCUUCUUCAGGGGGGAAACAUGAGCUUAUGCCUUCCGACGUGGCACGGCUGAUGCAGCUGGAAGAGGGGGUCCAGCCGCCUUCACAGAGGAAGAAACCACCCAUUCCUCCAAGACACCUGAAAAAGAGCAAAGGACAGUGCAUUAUUGACAUGAAUGGCCUUGAGACCAACGUAUAGCCUCUUGCUGGAGGGUGAUGGGUUGUCUGUGUAGAUGUGCUAAUUAGAACCUUGGAGCAGAGGAUCCUGCACAAGCGGACAGCACCGCCAGGCUCUUAUUCAUCUCUCAUGUUGUUGUGGAGGCAAAUCUUAUUGGUUACCUGAUGUCCUGAAAACUAAGAGAAAAGCCUUGUAGCAGUGAAAUGCUUUCUGUAUAACUGGACAAGUAUCACACUGACAGUGGAAUUCAUGACACCAAAAAACAUAAUAGUAUGAUUUUAUUGAUACAGCUCAUCCUUGGUGUGGACCUGCAGUGUGAGCUCACACCUAAGCUCCCAGACUCUGAUUACAGCUGUGAGUACUUGCAUUGAAAUACUGAUUUCUAUUUGAUAUCUACAUUUUAUAUAAGUUAUUUCUUUUCUGUGUGCAACAUGUUGAUGAGACAAGUGUUAAUUAUAUUUUAUACUACUGCUAGCAGCCAGCUGUUUGUGUCAUACAAGAGACAAGACAGAAUUACAAGUGUCUGGUUUGCUAAAUGAUCAGGAAGCAAAGUCAAAUGCCCUAAUUGUUUAAUUUUGCCUUAACAAAGCUGGUGGUGCUAGGCUGAUGGGAUGAUCAGAAACUUUACCUUUCCUUGUUGUCAUGUUAUAACUGUAGUACAUGGGAAAACUAUACAUAUGUUUGAACAGCCUUAGAAGCACAUUCCUGGCACUUCCAUUGGCUAUUCAACAUAAACCUAGUGGUCCUUAUUUGUUGGUUGAGUGGAUUUUGUUGCUAUUAUUUGCAAUACAUCAAACCAGAUCUAAACAUUCUAUAUCUACAACACAUACAUUUACUUACUUAUUUCCUCCUGUAUUAGUUAAUACAACUUCUUACCAUGUUAUGCAUUGAAGCUCUUCAGUUAAAGGUUGGAUCUUUUGACAAUACUGCUGCUCAUACUGGCCAUGAAGUAAACUAACGGGAUUAAAUCUACUCAUUUGUCUGUUAAUUUACUGCUCAUCCAUAUAAUAGACAGACCUUAGUUUGCUCUAUAGUAGGCAGAUACUUGAAAUUUUAGACAGGUAUGAAUCAUCAUCAUUGUGUGCCAUGUGUACAUGGUGUAGUGUGUAGUGUAGCAGUCAUAGAUUAAAUUGUGGGGACUUGUAAAAUUGGAAGUACCGCUGAAAAAAAUGGAAUAGAAUACAAUAAUAAUGAUGUUGUACUAUUAGCAGGGAGCAAUUUCAGACAUGGCCUUACUGUCGUCAUUAUGUGCAAAUAUAUUGUACAGUCCUAAAUUCACCAUGUGUUCUGUCUGAGCACACAUUUACAGUUUUGCUUUAUGGCCAGUGUGAUUACGAGGAAGAAUUAUUGCAUGUGAGUAUCGUUAUUAACAAAUCCUCGUACCUAAACAGCAGAAUAGGUCAUUUUGUUUACUGCAGCAUGGUGGCGUUUCAAACAUGUUAUUGUAAUAUAUGAUUGCGGUGGAAAUUUUAAUCAUGUGACGUCUUCAUUUCACAUAACAGGCGCAGUUUUAACCAAGUGAAACAGAACUGUUUAAGUUUAGGCAACAAAAAUACUUCCGCCAAUCCACAGCCCUCUGGAUAAGCAAAGUUUUCUGUUUUUGCCGGCUGUCGAUGCGUUCCGCAGCAAUUCAGCAAAGGGCAGAUUGUGCGGGACAGGAAGUCGAGCACAGAAACAAAAUAAAACAUUACAUUAAUUUUCAAAAAAAAUACACUGUGCUCGCGUCGGAUCAUAAUUCCUUGCACUACACCUUGAAAAUGUCAUUAUGGGGAGGCAGGCCUGAAGUCAAUGGGUCAGGGGUUUUGUGGUUCUGUUUAUAGAAACAAUAUCCUUUUAUAUUGCGUGAUCAUUUGUGAAUCCGCGAGAUGUUGUGGGUCCUUGUGACUUUAGUUGUCAGUCAUGGCCGCAGCCGUUCCGCAACAAGUUUGGACCUGGGGGGUAUUGAAGGAAGGCGGAGCACAGAGCUGACACGCAGUGGAGCCAAUCCACAGCUGUUCCCCAGUUGGUGGAA